CUGCUGCCCCCCAAGAUAUCAACCCUGCGAAAUGGAUGUAAGGUUUUAUCCCGCUGCCUCGGGGAGCUCCCUUCCCGGAGACCCUUCCAGUCUGGACUUUACCCAGUGUUUGGGUUACUACAGCUACAACAAGUUUGGCAACAAUAACUAUAUGAAUAUGGCAGAAGCAAAUAACGCAUUUUUUGCAGCGAAUGAGCAAACAUUCCAUACUCCAAGCCUUGGCGACGAAGAGUUUGAGAUUCCACCAAUUACGCCGCCCCCCGAACUGGAUCCCACGAAUUUAGGGAUGGCUGAUAUUCUCCUGCCUUUUCAAGGCCUCAGUGAUCAGUUGGGAGCCCAAGGAAGUGAAUUCACACCUCAGUUUCCACCCCAGAGUUUGGAUCUGCCUUCCAUUACAGUCUCUCGAAACUUGGUGGAACAAGAUGGCAUUAUCCAAAGCAAUGGAUUACAUAUGGAUCAUACCCAUACAGGAAUGCCUCAGUACCGUCAGGACCAUUCUUUGAUCAUGAGAUCCGUUGUCCACAUGACGGAAGCUGCUCGUUCAGGAAUCAUGACUCCUAACCAGCUUACUACUAUUAACCAGUCCCAGCUAAGUGCUCAACUGGGAUUAAAUCUAGGGAGUACCAAUUUACCACAUACGUCUCCUUCCCCUCCUGCAAGCAAAUCAGCAACUCCUUCUCCGUCCAGUUCUAUCAAUGAGGAAGAUGCGGAUGAUCCCAACAGAGCUGCCGGAGAAAAGCGAGCUGCCCCAGAUCCUGGCAAGAAGCCCAAAACGCCGAAGAAAAAGAAAAAGAAAGAUCCUAAUGAACCGCAGAAGCCGGUGUCCGCAUAUGCCCUGUUCUUCAGGGACACGCAAGCCGCAAUUAAAGGCCAGAACCCCAACGCUACCUUUGGCGAGGUUUCAAAAAUCGUGGCCUCGAUGUGGGACAGCUUAGGAGAAGAGCAGAAACAGGUAUAUAAAAGGAAAACAGAAGCUGCCAAGAAGGAAUACCUUAAAGCCCUUGCAGCCUACAGAGCUAGUUUGGUGUCAAAGGCUGCUGCUGAAUCAGCGGAAGCGCAGACGAUCCGGUCCGUCCAGCAGACUCUGGCCUCCACGAAUUUGUCUUCUUCCUUGCUUCUGAACAGCCCACUUUCACAACAUGCCACAGUCGUCACCUCCCCGCAGACUCUCCAGCAGCCCCUUCCCAGGGCCAUCGCCCCUAAGCCGUUAACCAUGCGGCUGCCCGGGAACCCCAUCGUCACCCCCGCCUCCGUCGCCCCCAGCGGGCCCACAAACAUUUCCCCCUCACUGAUCAGCUCCAUGACGACCAGCAUGGCCCCCACGCCGUCCUCGGCCCCCUCCCAAGUCAGCCCUUCCUUGCAGAGCCAGCAACACCAGCUGCAGCAUCUCCAGCAGCUGCACCUGCAGCAGCAGCAAAUGCAGCAGCAGCAGCUCCACCAGCAGCAGCUCCACCAGCAGAUCCAGCAGCAGAUGCAGCAGCAGCAUUUCCAGCACCACAUGCAGCAGCAGCUGCAGCAGAUCCAGCUCCAGCAGUUGCAACAGAUGCAGUUGCAACAGAUGCAGCAGCAGCAGCAGCAGCACCCGCCGCAGCCCUCCCCCCAGCAACUUUCCCCGGCUUCCUCGCAGAUCACCUCGCCGAUAGCGGCCAUCGGCAGCCCGCCCCCAGCCAGCCAGCCGCACCCGUCCCAAAUACAAGGCCAGACGCAGACUCAGCUCUUAUCGCAGGGCGGUAUUUUCUGAAGACCCGCCAAGUCGGCCCGUGCUAAAGCUGUGAAUCGGGCAGAAAAUGGCGCAGGGCUGAGGAAGAGUUUAUGCAGGAAUGCAUAACACAUAAAAGGGACUUCUAAGCUGUCUAUUAGAUAGGCAAUAAAAGAACUACAGUGUAGCUGGGUAUAAUCCUUUAGCUGAAUUAUAAAUAUUUGUUUUCCAGGGUUCCUUUCCCCCUUGCCCUUUCCCCUUCCUCUUUCUCCCUUCCCUUCUUUUUUUCCUCCCUUUCCCUUCUUUUCCCCCUUUCAUUUCCCCUUUCCCCUUCUCCCACCCCUUCCCUCCCUUUCUUUACUUUCUUCCAUUCCACCUGCCCCUUUCCCUUCCCUCUUCCUUCUUCCCCUCCCCUCCCUUUCCCUUCCCUUUCUCUUUUGUUUUUUUAGGCAAAUAAACUGUGCUCUUUUUUCCCCACUUUUUUUUUUUAAUGUGGCCCCUUUUUUAAAAAAUUUAUUCCAAGCUUUACUGACAAUAUAUGAACUGAAUAGUCUUAAAUGCCUGGGCAAGAAGACUUGAGAAAAACAAAAUGGCCUUUUUACAAUUUUCCGAUGAAAACUGUUCCUUUCCUGCAAAAUUGUUUUUAGACUGGUUUUAAGUUUUUGGAAUUCAUUUGAACCCCCAAAGCUCUUAAAAGCACAGUUGUAACUACCUGUAAAAUGUCGAUUGGAUUUCAUACAAUCAUGCUUCCAUGACAUGAGUAGGUGACAAAUGUUUUUCUGUCAUGGAUAAUAAUGAUGUAAAAGAAAUAUCACAGACUUUUGCCAAAGCUCUUUUUUUUUCCUUUUUAAUAAUGUCUUCUGAAGUUCAUCAACAUCAAAAGCCAUCUUUUCAUUUUACUCUGCUUGGUUCCCCCCCCCCCCCCCCCAAUUUCUCCAAUAUUUUGGAAUAAAACACACACUUAAUUCAGUUCUGCUCAUAACCCCCAUUAAAAAGAAACUGAAUAUUCUAUUCUGUGUUUGGGUGAACUUUCAGAUUUAAUACACUGUAUUUUUUAAAAAAAGGAAAUGCACUUAAAUAAACUGUUAUUACAAAAAAAAAAAGUAAGAAGAAAAAAAAUGUUGAGUUUUUAAAAUAUGAUGUAAUAUUGGUAGAUUAUUUAAAGGGGGUUGCCACAUCUGAAUAAUCAGUGUAAAUAUUUUCUUUAAAAGGUUGUAAGUUUUCAGAUCAUGUGUUGUAAAGUUUUCAUAAAUGAGGCUUUAAUGUAAA